AUGUCUUCUUACAUGACUUUCAGGAUCAAGGGAUUCCUGGUUGAGAAACAAAAGCAGACUCAUCCCAUUCCCAAGUGGGUUUCGAUGACAAUUAGUGAUAAAAUCAGGUAUAACUCUAAGAAGAGACAUUGGAGAAGAACCAAACUGAAUCUAUAA